ACACCCCCGACGCUUUUCCACGUCGCCCGCCCAACGGUUGAGGCAGGGGAGGCUGCGCGCGCUCCUGCAAAGGCCGGGAAAAAAUGGCGGCGCCCGUCUUGCGAGUGUCCACCCCUCGCUGGGAGCGGAUAGUCCGGCUGCUCGUGUGUCUCUCAGGGAUCCUGUUAUCCCUGUACGCUUUCCAUGUGGAGAGGGAAAAAACCCGCGACGCCAACUACCGCGCCGUGUGCGACCUGAGCAGCUCCAUCAGCUGCUCCAAAGUCUUCACGUCCAGAUGGGGUCGAGGAUUUGGACUGUUGGGAACCAUUUUUGGGAACGACAGUGCAGUAAACCAGCCAAACAGUGUCUAUGGAAUCUUGUUUUAUAUCCUUCAGCUGUUACUAGGUAAGAACACCAUCAACCGCAUUGAUCUGCAGAUUAUGACAUUUUUACAAUAA